AUGGCGUCGCUCUAUGUUGCCUCCGUGUCGCUCGCUCCCCUUGCUGCUCUUAGGGCCCCACUGGAUCGCCAUCCCCAAUACAAGCUAUCUCUCUCAAGCUUAACUUCCUCCUAUGGCGGCCUCCGCCUCUCAGCCGCGCCGACGUCCGCGGCGGCGCGCGGAAGCCGCCGCCCGCCAAGCCCGACUCUGCUCCGCGGCCCCUCCGCCUCCGCCAGCAGCAGCAGCGGGACAAGCGGCGCCGAUCGCGGCGCGUCGGUGCUUAAGGACGCGCUGACAAUCUUCGGGUCGUCUAAGUCGGCGGCUGCGGCGGCGGCAGCGGAGAAGGGCCCGCCGGCGCGGAAAGGGGAGGCCACCGCGGCAGGAGUCGCAACGGGAGUGGCGGCGGGAAUCGCGGCGCAAGGCGUGCCGUUCGACCUGCGGCUGGCCGUGCUGCUGGGCGGAUUCGCGUUUGAGGCGUAUUCGACUCCCACUGGUAGCGAUAAGCUAUCGGACGUGGACGGGCGGCAGUGCUCGGCUCUCUUCACCUCCACACCCUUCUCCCACGAGCUCUUUCAGGGGCAGCUCUCCGUGCGCGCCAUUACAGCCACGGGCAACAUCAAGGCGCUCCAUGCUGAGCUGGCGCUGGUGACGUCAGCGGGGAAGGCAGCCACGUGGAAUGGCGUCGCUCACACCACCGUGAAGGCCCAAGACCAAAAGAAACCAUCGUGGCCCGAGCAACUGCAGCUGCUGGUGCCGCGUGCUGCUGCAUCUGACACCUUGCUGCAGAUCACCUUUCACAGCAAGGAUGAUGAUAACGAUUCCGACGAGGAUGAUUGUGUGGUUGGCACGGCCACCAUUGCUCUCACUGACUUGAUCAAAGACACCCGGAUUCGCGAUGUCGUGGCCAAGGUGACUCGGGACGGCAAGCCGACAGGAAAUGUCACCAUGGAGGUGGACUAUGCAAGCUUCUCUGGGCCAAGCGACAGCUUCGAGCCUCUCCCCAUCCUCCAGAGGCUUCUCACCACGCCUCUUCCCGCAUCGGCCUUUCAACCAUCGGCCACUCUUUCUAGAGGCAGCACCGUCAAGAAUAAUGCCACAGCUGCUGCCACUGCCACUGCUGCAGCAGCAGCAGCAGCAGCAGCAGCAGGACAAGUGUCCGCUGCGGCAGUGCCAGCUGCCACUGCCACAGCAGGGCAAGUGGCCGCUGUAAAAACGGGGGAAGAUUCAAAAACUGAAGCAGAAGCAGCAGCGUACGGGCUCUCCCUUCAAGACCAACGGGCAGUUGAAGCUCUUUUUGCCACAGGAGCCAAUAACGUGACGCUCGCCGCCUGGGAAAACCUCUCCCGGGCAGCUGCGGGCGGGCAGCCGGAGUUUUUCAAGUCGGCGUUUGAGAGCGUGUGUUUCCUGAGCAGUGGCGAGUCGGACACUCAGGUGGGCGUGUGGAGGGACAAGGACCCCCGGAGAAAGAGGCUGGUGGUGUCGUUCCGAGGCACUGAGGUGGUCAAUGCGGCCAUGCUCAAGGAUGGACAGGCAGGUCAGAAGAUUAAGGACGCUCUGACUGACCUGAGGCUUUACAAGGAGAACUUUGACUCGGACUUAACUGACGAGGACAACAAGAUGGACAUCAAGGUGCAUGAUGGCUUUCUGGACGGCUACAAGUCUGUGAAGCCGCGGCUCCUUCUGCUGCUCAAAGCUAUUCUCGCAUCUUCUAGCGAAAAGUAUCACAUCAUGGUCACGGGGCACAGCCUGGGAGGUGCUCUCUCCACUCUCUUCACAUAUGACCUUGCCCAGUCUGACCUCAAGAAGCAGCACGGAUUCACCCUCUCUCUCUACAACUUCGGCUCUCCUCGUGUGGGCAACCAUGCCUUUGCUGCUCGCUUCAACCAGCUUGUGGGUGACAGCUGGCGCAUCGCCAAUGACCACGAUAUAGUGCCGCGUGUCCCCUACGUGUUCUACAAGCACGUGGCCACUGGGGUGGUGCUUCGACCCGACUCGCAGAAGUUGGAAAAGGAUGCCCUCCUUAAGAAGCGACUCGAUACCAUCACAACAGUUAGCUUCCUGAGCGAGCAACCCAAGCUGCUGUUUGACGGUGCUGGUGCCAGCAAGCACUCACAGCCCGCAUACUUCCUCUCGCUGCUCAAGGUGAGCUGCUUGGUGGCGGUGUGGUGGGGUGAAGGUGGGUUAAGACCCUCGCAUGCACUCAUAGCUCGCAUACUUCCUCUCGCUGCUCAAGGUGAGCUGCUUGGUGGCGGUGUGGUGGGGUGA